UGUAUCAGUAAGAGGAACAUCUACCAAGCGAGCAAUGUCAGCACAAGACCGUCGUUUAGAUGAUUAUAUUGCGGAAAUGAGUAAGCUUGAUCUUCUGCAAGGACGGUCAACAACGGAUGAAAUUUCUUCCAAACCAGAGGAAGAGCAUACUGUUCAAAAGAAACCGCGCACAGACAUAAACAUAUCGCCCGUGAUAGAAAACUAUCAAGAACACAUGGAGAGAAUAGAGCGUCUUUAUGAUGAAAUAAAUGGGAUGUUCGCUCGAAGUCGUGUUCCCAAAGAGGAACAACCACAGUGUGACAGGCAAUUUGACGGAACCAUUAAUGAUAAGUUGAAAGAGGAGCUUAGACAGCUGAGUUCUUCUAUUAGAAGCUGUGGGUACCGCUUUCGUUCCGUUCUUGUCUUUGUUGAUGACAACUGCGAUCAAGAAAAGUUGAAACCAGAUAUAGAGAGGAUUCUGAAAACGUACAACAUCUCUACAUUUACUAUUGUUUCGUCUAGUGUCAAGGAACUUUCAUCUUGUAAUGUUGGAUCAGAAGUAGCGGCAGUGUUUGAUGAUAGUACCGUGAAAUACGGUACGUUAGGUGGGUUUGGGCAUACAUCUUCAGACGAAGGUAAUAACACAAUAUGCUUAGUAUCACGACAUGUUGUUACAGAUACUUAUGGUAAUCCUGCAUCUACGCUAAAAGUUUCCAAAGGCAAAUAUACUACAAAAGCAUCAAUAAUAGUGGAUAAACCCAUCAGUUCUAAAAGAAACACUGUCCUAGAUAUAGCAGCUGCUUCUUUUGAAAUAGGUGACAGUCAAUUUGAUACCAUGUACAAAACGUCGGAGGAAAAGGCAGCGAAAGGAAGAUUAAGUGAAUAUAGGCUGGAAGAGCUGAAAGGGCUUCCUGUCCAUAUAUGUGGAUCUAAAACACCAAUGGGGUAUGGAACCAUUACAGUGCCGAAAGUUGAAGCAGUGCAAAAUAGCAGUAUGAAUGAUUUUAUUAUCAUCGAGGACAGAGACAACCCCCGCCAGGAGAAAAUACCUUUUUGCGCAGAAGGAGAUAGCGGAUCCAUUGUAUGUGCCGACGAUCAAGAAAAUCCAGAUAAUGUGCAGUUGAUUUCAAUGGUAAUAGGUGAAGAUCUAUGGAACACAGGCUUUUAUCAUUUUCUAAAUCUUGAGGAAGGAAUAAAACAGGUAAAAUAAGAAACAAAGUCAAACAUUCAGCUUUUAUAACGCAGCAAAAUACCGUCUCUAAAAGUCGAUUUAUUGCCUUCGUUAAAAAUCAAUUAAUUGCGAGUUCUGCUUUUCUGUUGUAGCUUUGUCAACAUAAUGAUUACUAGAAUGUGUGUACUGACAAACCUGUCAAACAGUACGUUUUAUUUGAACUAUGUGUGUAUAGUCUGCAUAAAGUUAAUUUAAGAAGACUAUGAUAAUGAUCAACAAAUUUUGAAAAAUGUCAAGCCAA